GGCAGGAGACAUGGGCGACGACCGAGGGAUGACUACGAUUGCUAGGAGUCGGGAGGACGAGGAGGAGAGCAUGAAGGAGCUGAAGAGGAAGGUGGAGGCGGUGCUGAAGGCCAGCAGCUGGUGGGAGCGAACGGGCCUGGACUGCGCCACACUUGCUGCCGCUUUCGCAAUCUGCUUGCCUGCUGGUUUGCUGUUGCUUCGUUCGUCCGACUGGCCGCGCUGGCUGUGCGGGCUGCUGCUAAUGGGCGUUGUCCACGCUAUCGUCACGGUGAAGGGGGCGCACCUGUCCAGUCACGGGGCGCUCGGCCACUCGCUCGCCGCUAAACGCUUCUGGGCCAUCUUCUUCAUCGAGGUUUGUAGCUCGUUCUCGGCGCGGGCGGCACAGCGCGCCCACAUUAACCUGCACCACCCGCACACCAACGUGAUCGGCUUGGGCGACUCCAGCACUUGGAAGCUUCCACGCCUCCCACGCUUGGUCUACCUCUUUUUGGCACCGCUCACCCUACCCAUCGUCACACCCGUCGCAGCUCUGGCUCAACUGGGCGACACGUCGGCAGCGCUGUUGCUGCGGACACUGGCACUAAUACUGUUGGGCGUGGCAUCGCAUUUUUGGCUCCUGAUGGCGGUAUCUGGUUUCCAGUCGCCGCUGGGUGCCGCACUCUGCAUGUUAGCCACCAGAUCCAUGUUUUCCCUGCCAUUUGUCCACGUCAACAUCUUCCAGCACAUCGGCCUGCCAAUGUUCGGUGAGAACGGUCGCCCUGCACGUUUGCUCCAGAUGUCUCACGGCGUUCUCAACCUGCCACGGAACAUUCUGCUGGACUGGACCUUCGGCCACUCGCUCAUCAGCUGCCACGUAGAACAUCACCUUUUCCCAUUCCUCUCUGACAACAUGUGUCUCAAGGUGAAACCGUUGGUGUCUCGCUACCUGGCCGAUCACAAUCUUCCAUAUCAAGAGGACGGCUACCUUUCCCGCCUCGGUCUUUUCUUCCACAAGUACCAGGAGCUGAUGGUCGCUGCCCCACCCAUCACGCGGUUGGCCGGCAUCCAAUGACCCCAUCAGACAACAAAAAAUAAGUAAUAAAAAAAGUGCCGUUUGCGGCAUAUGUCUAUUGGAAUGGGUUUCGUAGAUGACAUCAGCAGUUAAAAUCGUAAGAAACAUCUUAAAUACCCGUAAAAUAUGUAACUAUCUCAUUUUAAUGGUAACCACUGUUGUUAAACUCACGUGAGUGCUUGAACAUGCCCAAAAAUUUGAAGCAUUUUCCUCAUUUUAACUUGAUGAAGCAGAGGCUAGUGAUGAAAUAAAAACAAGACAU